GUCGGAAAUCGUCGAAUUGCGAGUUUGUGGCGAUGUAGAAUUUACAUGUUGUUGACUAAGGAAAGUUGACAAUUCUCCCAAGUCAUGACGCAAUUCCAAAUGUUCGGUCAAAGCUUCAGUGGCGCAAGCUCCCCGCCACCCCUCACCAGCAUCGGAAGCUCGUCAGCACAACUCGCCCUGCAACUCUCCCAUAAUCUUUAACAUUCUCCACAUGCGCUUCCCUUCCUUCCCCAAUCUUAUUCGCGCCUUCCACACCGUUACCAACACUACCAACGCCUUCCUCCGCACGAACCCCACAACCCUUGGCCGCACAAUCUACAGCUCCCCCCAACGCGCCACCGUUCUGCGCUCUAUGCCCAGUAUCCCCUUCUUGAGCGCACUUUUUGGUUCCAGCACCGCCAUGGCCGACGAUACAAAGUACCCUGUCUCAAAGCUCGACGGCGAAUGGCAGGCGCAGCUUUCGCCUGAGCAGUUUCGCAUUCUCCGCAAGAAAGGCACUGAGAUGCCCGGCUCGGGCACAUACAACAAGCACUACCCUACCGAGGGCACAUACACAUGCACCGGUUGCGAUGCGCCCUUGUACAAGGCGAACCACAAGUUUGAUUCUGGAUGCGGAUGGCCUGCUUUCUGGGACGCGGUCCCAGGCGCAGUGGGGCAAAAGCCUGACCCGGGACUAGGCAUGAUGAGGACGGAAAUUGUGUGCAACAACUGUGGAGGGCACUUAGGACAUAUUUUCAAGGGGGAGAGAUUUGGAAACCCGAAAGACGACAGACAUUGUGUCAACAGCGUCAGUAUCAAUUUCUCGAAGGAUAAGGAGGAUGGGAAGAGUGAGCUUUGAGGGGUGGCAAAUCGCUCAUGGAUAGAUUGUAGAGUGAGACAUUAUACUUCAGUGUUCUUAAUAUGACGAGCUGCAAUGUUGCCGAGUUGCAAAACGGACGCAAUCAUAAGAACAUAUUCCUU